AUCAAACAUGGCGUCCAAGAUCGUCAGGGUCUCUGCUACUGCUGCUGCCAGGUAUUUCAAGAAAUCCACUCUGCCUCGGGCAUUGCUACGGCCCCAGAGCACAUUGGCAGCAACUGCUGAGCAAACGCUGCUGAAUGUCCCUGAGACUCGCGUGAGUGUACUCGACAAUGGACUGAGAGUAACUUCGGAAGAUUCAGGAAUACCAACAGCCACUGUAGGGCUUUGGAUCGAUACUGGAUCGCGAUACGAGACCGACAAAAACAAUGGAGUCGCUCAUUUUGUGGAACACAUGGCCUUCAAGGGCACAGCAAAGAGGUCCCAGACAGCCCUAGAAAUGGAGGUGGAGAACAUGGGGGCACACCUGAAUGCCUACACAUCAAGGGAACAGACAGUGUUCUAUGCCAAAUGCUUGAGCAAGGACAUCCCAAAGGCACUGGAUAUCUUAGCCGACAUCAUCCAAAAUUCAAAAUUCGGUGAACAGGAAAUUGAGAGAGAGAGAGGUGUCAUCUUGAGGGAAAUGCAGGAGGUUGAGACUAAUCUGCAGGAGGUUGUUUUUGACCAUCUCCAUGCAACUGCAUACCAGGGAACUCCUUUGGGUAGGACAAUAUUAGGCCCAACUGAAAAUAUCAAGAGCAUUUCAAGGCAGGACUUGGUGGAAUAUGUGACAACUCAUUACAAGGGGCCGAGAAUGGUGCUGUCAGCAGCUGGUGGAAUUGACCAUGAUCAAUUGGUCAAACUUGCUGAGCAACAUUUGGGCAAGCUCCCCAUGAGCUAUGAUGGAGAAAUUCCUCUCACACAAAAGUGUCGAUUCACUGGUUCUGAGAUCCGGGUGCGAAAUGAUGACAUGCCCCUGGCCUAUGUAGCAAUUGCUGUGGAAGGUUGUGGUUGGGCAGAUGCAGACAAUUUGCCAUUGAUGGUAGCGUCAACCAUGAUGGGUUCAUGGGAUCGAUCACAAGGGGGAGGGGCACAUCUGGCAUCCAAGUUGGCCUCUGAGUGUGCCAAGGAUAAUCUCUGCCAUUCCUUCCAGGCCUUCAAUACAUGCUAUAAGGAUACAGGACUCUGGGGUGUCUACUUUGUGGCAGAUUCCCAUUCUCUUGAUGAUAUGAUGUAUAACAUUCAGUCUGAGUGGAUGCGCAUGUGCACAAGCAUCACUGCCUUUGAAGUGGAGCGGGCAAAGAAUCUUCUCCGCAACAACCUUCUUCUGCAGUUGGAUGGAAGCACUCCCAUCUGUGAGGAUAUAGGUCGUCAGAUGCUCUGCUAUGGAAGGCGAAUGCCUCCACAUGAGUUGGAUGCUCGCAUCAAGAUGAUUAACGAGAAAGUGGUCCACAAUGCUUGCAUGAAGUACAUCUAUGACCGCUGCCCUGCUGUUGCUGCUGUUGGACCCGUUGAGCAAUUGCCUGACUACAACCGUGUUCGGAAGAAGCUAAAAGCUGAACUGGAAGGAGCUUUCCCUUCACUGGUAAAUCAUUUGAGCGAUUUGAUUCCUAACAAGGCUGAAGUAUCUGCUAUCAAACUCCACCUGCAGUCAGGGGACUCUAGUACUGUCUAUUCAGUCAACAAGGAACCCCUGUGUUUUGUUCUGGAAAACAAGUUUUAUCCAACUCUCUAUUUGCUGUGGAAAUUCCCUGACCUCAUCCCCUGUUUCUACACUCAGCCACCUGUUUUGAAAAAACUACAGAAUGGAGCUGACCUAAUGCUGCCUGGAAUCUUAACUCCUCCUGAGAUUGGACCCAAGACAUAUGGAAAUCUCAAGAAAGGCGAUGCAUGUGCUGUGGGAUUGACAAGUAACCGUGCCCCAAUUGCACUGGGACGAGCAGCUUUGAGCAGCUUUGAUAUGUAUAUGUCUGCUCAGAGGGGAAAAGGUGUUGUGAUAAUGCAUGUGAUGAAUGACCAUCUGUGGGAAAUGGGAUCAAAAAAGAGCCCUCCUCUUCUUGGACCACCUACAUUGGUUGUGGAGGAAGAGAGAGUGCAAGGAGAUACUUCAAACAAUGAAGAAUUACAGAAUGACAAUCCUGAUGAACCUGAAGUAACUCAGGGGGAAGAGGGAGAAACAGGGCACAUUUUUGAUGAGUCACAGGGCCAAAGCGAGGGUUUGCAAGAUGAGCAAGAUGAUGAAGAAUCACAAGAAACUAGGAUCUCUGCUGUAUUAGAGGAUAGACUAUCUCUAUCAGAAAGUGAAGCAGCCUCAGAGCCUACAAAAACCAUGGAAGACCUAUUGCUGAACUGUCUCCUGACAGCGCUUAAGACUUCUGCUAAAAAACUGGAACUGCCAUACUUGACUAGUUCCUUCUAUAGGCUUCACAUGCUCCCUGCAUGUCUCCAAGGUGAAAGCUUGGAUGUGAAGAAGAGCAAAUACAAGAAGCUUGGGGUGUUUCUCAGGGAAGUCCAAGAUAUGGGCCUCCUCAAAGUAGAAGAGACAAGCAAAGGAGUUGAUAGCAUUAUGUGUAUCAACUAUGAGAACCCCAUCUUGACAGGGUUUCGAGUUGAGAAGAAGCCCAAGGCAGUCAUUGAGGAGGACUUGUCGAGUCCCAAUAUAUAUAUUCCACCAGAAAUUGUGGAACUACACUGUAUCACAGCUGCAGUUCUACCUAUAUUCAAGCCUGCUGGUUACAGCAAAGGAGAUGGGCUUACAACUCCAGAGAUCAGAAAUGUGGUCACAAAAUAUGUAAGGGACCAUGAACUGGCAGAUCCAGCCAGGAAAAACAUUGUGAAGUUGAAUGAGACCCUUCAAGGUUGUCUGCUCACAAAGAAGGAUGCUGCUACAGUUGGAAUGACAUGGAGUGAGGUGAUGUCAUCUGUAUUGGCCAAGAUGAGUCCAGCAUAUCAAGUGACACAUCCAGGUCAGGAACCACUUCUGAAGAAAGGACUGAUUCCUACUGUUUCUGCUACUGUCCAGAAGAGGUCUGGUAACAAGAAGGUUACUUUGGUGACUGGAAUACCAGAGCUUGGGUUAGAUAUCAACCAAGUGUCGAAAAGGAUUCAGCAUGGAGUAGCAACAAGUGCUUCCAUCGGCCAAGGAGCCAAUGGGCAGGUGCAAGUAACUAUCCUGGGUGAUCAGAGGAAGUUCCUUUUUCAACUUUUCACUGGUGAAUACAAAAUCCCAUCUAAGUAUUUGAAAGGCUUCGAUCUGGGGAAAGGGCAAAAGACGUGAAUGUGAAUGAGGGAAAAAUAAAGAGGA